AUGGAGUCCACAACUGUCAAGAAUGCCGUCAUGAAGCAGGUCCUCCAGGAGGCAAACCUGGCCAACGCCCGCGUCCUCAUUGAGAAACUCCAAGAGAACUGCUUUGAGAAGUGUGUGCCCAAGCCCGGCAGCUCCCUGUCCAGCGGCGAGACGACCUGCAUGACCUCGUGCAUGGAGAAGUACAUGUCGGCGUGGAACCAGGUCAACCAAGCCUACAUUGCACGGAUAAAGCAGGAGUCCAGCAACCCCAGCCUUUAA